UGUUCACCACACUCUAACAAUAGAUCCCUUAAUAUUUAUCCAGUCCUAGAACUCUCUAGACCUCCCCAACUCAAUUAAACUCCUAGUAUUUAAAUUCUGAAAGAUCCAAAACCCUUUGUCUGCGGAAAAGUAUUCAGCCUUCAGUUGUCUCUUGCAUUUUCUUGCUACCUAGUACUCUGGUAAUUUGAAAUCUUCUACCACAUUUUUACAAGAAAUGGAUGAUGAUUUUGAUUUUCCAUCAGCUAGCAAUGCUGCUGAUGAGAUGGGGAUGGAUGAGGAAUUGGACUUGCCUGAGACCAACCCAGUAAUUAAAGUUGGGGAAGAGAAGGAAAUUGGGAAGAAUGGGUUGAAAAAGAAGCUGACUAAUGAAGGUGAAGGCUGGGAGAAUCCCAGUUCUGGGGAUGAAGUUGAAGUGCAUUAUGUGGGCACUCUGCUUGAUGGAACUCAAUUUGAUUCGAGCCGUGACAGGGGAACUCCAUUCAAGUUGAAGCUUGGCCAAGGACAAGUUAUCAAAGGUUGGGAUGAGGGUAUUAAGACAAUGAAAAAGGGUGAGAAGGCCCUCUUCACCAUCCCUCCUGAGUUGGCCUAUGGGGAGUCUGGAUCACCUCCAACAAUACCUCCUAAUGCCACUCUGCAGUUUGAAGUUGAGUUGCUUUCUUGGACUAGUGUGAAAGAUAUAUGCAAAGAUGGUGGAAUAUUCAAGAAAGUACUUGUUGAAGGAGAGGGUUGGCAGAAUCCUAAAGAUCUUGAUGAAGUUUUUGUCAAAUAUGAGGCACUACUUGAGGAUGGAACUCUUAUUUCCAAAUCGGAUGGAGUUGAGUUCACUGUGAAAGAUGGUUUCUUCUGUCCUGCUUUAGCAAAAGCUGUUAAAACAAUGAAGAAGGGUGAAAAAGCUCUCUUAACUGUCAAUUCACAAUAUGCGUUUGGAGAGAAGGGAAGGCCUCAAGUUGGUGAUGAAAUUAGUGUUCCACCGAAUGCUUCACUUCAAAUUAAUCUUGAAUUGGUUUCAUGGAAAACUGUGUCCGAUGUUACCAAUGACAAAAAAGUGUUGAAGAAGAUCCUGGAGGAGGGAGAAGGAUAUGAGCGCCCAAAUGAUGGCACAGUUGUGAAAGUGAAAUUGACUGGAAAGCUGCAGGACGGAACUGUUUUUGUAAAAAAGGGACAUGAUGGAGAAGAAUUUGAGUUCAAGGUAGAUGAAGAACAAGUCAUUGAAGGACUUGAUAGAGCUGUAAAAACAAUGAAAAAGGGUGAAAUGGCUCUUGUAAUUGUUCAACCCGAAUAUGCUUUUGGUCCAUCUGAGUCACAACAAGAGCUGGCUGUUGUUCCUGCAGAUUCAACCCUAUACUAUGAGAUUGAGAUGGUCUCCUUUGUCAACGAGAAGGAAUCUUGGGACAUGAAUGCCCAAGAGAAAAUUGAGGCUGCUGGGAAGAAAAAGGAGGAAGGGAACGUAUGGUUCAAGGCAGGAAAAUAUGCGAGAGCCUCUAAGAGAUAUGAGAAGGGUGUGGGCUUCGUAGAAUAUGACUCAUCUUUCAGCGAUGAGGAGAAGCAACAGGCUAAAUUGCUCAAGAUCAGUUGCAAUUUGAACAAUGCAGCUUGUAAACUGAAACUAAAAGACUAUAAAGAGGCAGUGAAAUUGUGCACAAAGGUCUUGGAUAUUGAUAGCAGGAACGUCAAAGCACUUUAUAGAAGGGCCCAAGCAUACAUCCAACUUGUUGAACUAGAAUUGGCAGAACAGGACAUAAAGAAAGCUCUUGAAAUUGAUCCAGAUAAUAGGGAUGUAAAAAUGGAGUACAAAAUCCUGAAGGACAAAGUGAAGGAAUACAACCGGAAGGAUGCACAGUUCUAUGGUAGUAUAUUUGCCAAGAUGAGUAAACUGGAGCAACAAAAUUCUAGUAGUGCAGAAAAAAAAGAGGCAAUGCCAAUGGCCAUUGAUAGGGCAGUACAUUUAAGGGCAGUAUCCAGCGUCAGCGCAAAAACAAGGGAUUGCUGGUCUGCUAUGAUAACUGCAGUAAAGGCAGGCCUUAGGAGCAUUUCUACCCGGCUAAAUGCCCCUGUCAAGAGCAAAACAUCAUAACAAGGAGCAUAAUCUCAGGUUUAGCUGAAAUAUCUAGUAAUGCUUGUUUGUAAGGUCAUACAAUUGAAUGCUUUCUGUAAGGCCAUAAGGUUACUGUUGUAAGCUUGAAAACAAUUUCUGUAAAAUAUCAGAUGAAUCUGAAAGGACGAUGUGUAACAAAAUGGGACACUAUGCCUCCCUGCUAAACAGGGAGCAGAAUGACAAGCUCAGACUUGUAGAACUAUGCUUUUAACUGUAAUAAAUACAACCAGUUUUACAAACA